AUGGCCCCGCGCCGCCAGCCAGUCAGCGCGUUGGACCUGCGGUUGCGUCUGUCGGCAUUGCUCUUCGUCAUCGCGCAUAGCGUCCUUCCGCCCGCGUGCCUCGCCGCGCCUCCGCCCGAACACUCGCCGGCGGGGGAGGCGGCGAAGCUCCUGGCGUUCCUGGAGCAGCCCGACGGGCAGUUCACGCACUUCGCCGCGGCGCUCAAGCGCACAGAGGUGCCGUCACUCCUGCGCGAGUCCCUGGCCAACGGCACGCGCUUCACGCUGCUCGCGCCCACGGAUUCCGCCUUCGCGCGCCUCGCGGCGGAGCACCCGCGGCUGUGCGCCGAUGCCGACUCGCGCCUCACCGUCGCCGCCACGCACUUCGUCGGCGGGCGCUUCCCCUUCUCGCGUAUCGCGCUCAAGGCGCCGGGAUUCGAGUUCCGCACAGAGGGAGUGGACCUGGUGCGCUUGCCCGACGCCCCCCUGGAGCAAGGCAAGCGGCGCGUGCUACUGGCUGUCAAGGACGCCCCUCUUGCUUCACCCGCCGGUGCUGGAAAAUCAGACCUAGGGGUGGUGGUGGGGCAAGGGUCUGCUGCGGCGGAGAGUGCUAAGGAGUUAGCAGCGAGGGCACAUGUGGUACGACCAAACGCGCUGAUUUCCCGCCGGAUAGUGGUGCAUGGUAUCGAUGCAGUUCUCGCUCCAAAUUACGUGCUUGACUGUCAACAUUAG